AUGGCUUGUAAGGUUAUCAUCACUGCAGCAGCAGGUGCCCUAAUACUGUCGUUCCUUUUGCCAUCAGUCACAUGCAAGAAUAAUCCUCUGUUCGAUAAAGCAGACGUUACUGGACGUGAGCACAUAGGCAACUGCCCGUUUUGGCGCAGCAGAGUUCCAGAAUGCCGCACCCACAUGUCUUGCAUAAUGCGGUGCCAAGACGAGGGCUACAAUGGCGGAUUCUGCGACGGCAACAAGAUCUGCAUGUGCUCGCAGUGCUCGCGCUUGCCGGGCUCGCGCUCGCCGGAUGAUGAACUACAAGUCGGCCAAAGAUCGUCGUUGCUUCUGCCGGCACUGGAGCCAACCAGUGCAUGA